AUGCUCCAUGAGAUCGCGACCGUUCUUGGGCAUGCCGUCACCAGCUUACAGCACUGGCUCCACGCAGCCGCCGGCACUGCGCAAAGUUUCGGAAAUGCUGGCGGAGGCCAUGACCAAGUGUGGACCUUCGCGUACGGUGCUAACAUGGGCCUGGCCAAGAUGCAUCUUCUUGGCAUCCAUCCCUUCAAGAGCCUGGUGGGCUUGCUGCCGCAUCAUGAGCUGAUAUUUGACAGGUCAUUGGCAGACGGCAUCAACGAGCCUGCCUUUGCGAACAUCCGUCACAUUGAAGAUCCAACCGAUCCUGCGGCCGUGUCUCCAGUGCACGGUGUCGUCCAUGCCAUUAGCCAAAAGGAGCUGACCGCACUCGACUCCUCAGAAGCGCCGCUGUACCACCGAGUGCAGAUGCCUGUUCAAGUCAGCACGCCGCACGAGGCCGGCAGGCAGGACAUCGUACCGUUCAUUCAGACGAAGGACUUCCACUUCUCGGCAUCGUGCCGCAUGGAAUCUGUGUCAAAGUCAUUGUCUCAGCAAAUGCAACAUGUAGAGUCGCAUGGUCUCUGCUGCCACGCGUGGCUCACCGCGCCUCAUUGCGUUUGCAAGAAGCCACGUGCACAGACGGCGGGCAUGUCGAAUCUACUCUACUUGACGGCAGCUGCGGAUCUAACUGUGCUGGUGGCGGUCGAUGACUCCCACGGCAUUGAGCGCAUCGAGCUCGCACAGGGCUCGGUACCUUCACAAGCGCGAAAUAUGGACGAAGUAAGACCGUCUUUGACUGAUGCAGGGCUCCAGCUGAUCCGAGCAAUUUCCCGUCUCGUGGGAUCGAGUCGGCACAGCGACGAAGUCGUUCAACAGCGCCUACAGCGUCUCCUCCGCAGCUGGCGCCGCACUCGCCCAUGUGCGGCAAUUCUUCAACAUGCUCAAAACCAGAAUGCACCGCGGCUUUUCGUGGACCACGUCGGCUGUAAUUUGGCGGAUGUUUCAUGGGAAUUGCUUGGCAGGGCGCAGACCAGCGCGGCCUUUUUUGAAGUCGGAUUAUUUGGCUACGGAAAUCGCAAACCACGCAAGACGCGCAGUGAAGCCGAAGCUGACGCAGAUCCGUUACAGCGGCUUGGAACCUUUGCUGCUCCCGGUGGGGGAAGCGCGAGGUCCUUCCAGCUUCAACGGCUCGAACCUCUGCGCUGGCAUCGGGUCAAAGUUCGGGCUGUAGGGCUUCACAAAAGCUGGGUUUCUGAUUGGAGUAACGAGGUAUCUUUUCGCACUCUAAGUCUUCCGGAUGCACAGGAUGCUGGCCUUCACAUCGCAUCCGAAGGCUUUCUGGUCAAGUCAGAGCGAUUAAUCCAAAAGUGUGUGACUAACCAAAAUGUCAGCUUGCCAAGCAGAGAAGAGCGCAUGGUGAGGCGAGUGCGCCAGUUGUUGGGCGCAUCUCAGUCAUAUGAGGCUGCAACGACGAAAUUGCUGCAUGCACGCUACAGCCAGGGCGGAUGGCCUGAUUUCGUGAAGCAAGGGGCAAAGUUCUCCCGCCCGGCGGCUUCGCGCGACGAGCGCAUGAAGCGAAUGCAACUCGCAAUUGCUGCAGAAGAGCUAUAUGGCCUGGUUUAUCCACGCGGCAAUGAGUGGUGCCAGGGCCCGUUUUACUACGAGUCGGCUGGGCUGAAGACACUGAGCAGGAGAGCUCCGAGUGCUCGCUACGCGAAGUUGGUGCUUUGCGGCGCCAAGGAGAGGAGCCUCCCCGAGUGGUACCAGGAGCGACUUCUCAGGAGCCUGGACAACUGGGGAGUGCCGAGAUUGACCUGCGAAGGGCAGCAGCCCCACGCGGCCUUGCAACAUGCAGGUGCAAUGCUGCCACUGGUAGCGUCGAGCAGCACUGCCACGGCAAUCGCGUUUCUUUUUUGUGAGCCUGGUUUGCAAAGCUGCAAUGGAGCUGUGCUGCCCACAGCGGCAGCAACUGCACAAAAUUGCAAGGGAGAAAGCAAGGGCAUGUGUAGUCAAUUUGCCGACAGUGUCCACAAACAUGGCUGCAUGCUUGUCGCGGAUACAGUACAGCCACGUUUCAACCCGGCAUCCGUUGACGAGAAGCGCUUGUACAUCUUGCACAAGUUAACAGAAAUGCGAAAUUUGCAUACAGCCGAUAUCCAUCGAAUCAGCUUAUGUGGAGCUCGCAGUCACAUGGACUCCGAAGGAACAGAUGCGGUGCUGCCGGAAGAGGAGGGCUCGCUGGCCAAAGUGCGAGUGUGUGUCCGCUUCAGGCCAGUGCUGCCCGGAGAGGAGGGGCCAACCGGACGGAUCAAGUGGGACGAGGGCAGCGCGCCGAGAAGCGUCCACAUCCAGGGAGGCCGCCAUGAAACUCAGAAAGCCUUCCAGUUUGACAGAGUUUUUCCACCUUCGACAUCUCAGGAAGAGGUGUUCAAGGAUGCUGGGCUAGAUGAGCUGCUGGACGCACUGAUGGACGGCUACCACAGCACCGUCUUUGCUUACGGUCAGACCGGCAGCGGCAAGACUUUCACCAUGGAGGGGUUUUCUUACCAGCCCGGCACAGUGGCCAAAGCGCCACAGGUGAGGGCAGAGUCUACCUCCCCCGAGAAUCUGGGAAUCGUCCCACGGGCCAUCCACGGUCUGUUUGACCGGAUUGACCGGAGAGCAACCACUGGCGAAAGUGUCUUCACUGUGCGCCUUUCGUUUCUGCAGAUAUACAACGAGCGUAUCUUUGACCUCUUGAACCCGGUCCACCUGACGAAGUUUGGUCAGGGUGGAGGGCUGCGGCUUCGAUGGAAUCCCCGCGAAGCUUCCGUCACCGUGGAGAACCUCUUUGUUUUUGAAUGCAGGACUGCUGAUGAAGCUUUGAAUCACUACAAGGCAGGUGUGAAAAAUCGGACCGUCGCGAGUCAUCAGAUGAAUCAGGCAAGCAGUCGAUCGCACUCCGUGCUGAUGAUGACCCUGGAGCGGAGGACCGACCAUUCCGUCGAUCAGUCAUCCAAGCUGACACUAGUGGACUUGGCUGGCUCCGAGCGGCAGGCAGACACAGGUGCCAGCGGCCGCACGCUACAGGAGAGUGCAAGCAUCAAUCAGUCGCUCUUCGUGCUGCGCAAAGUGAUCGCCGCUUUGGCCAAGCACCAGACCAGGCAGGCACAUCUUGCUUUGAUUCCGUAUCGUGAAUCCAAGCUUACCAUUCUGCUACGGGACGCCUUGGGUGGUUCUGGCUACACUCUGAUGGUGGCUUGCUUGUCCAUCCUGGAUGCUAGCGUUGAGGAAAAUUUGUCUACUUUGCAGUAUGCCUGCACAGCCGGCAAGAUACGAAAUCGUCCAGUGGUCAAUUUGGAUCCCACCACUUUGCUCAUCAAGCAGCUCCAGCAAGAGGUUCAGAGGUUGAAGCGUCAGCUUGAAAUUUUCCAGAAGUACAUCAUCCACCUGACCGGAAAGCCGAUACCACAACAAAUUCUUCAUGGCGGCACGUUCCCGAAUGCUGACACGCUUGACGUUGCUCCGGAAGCCGCCCGCGACGAAUGGAGUGCGCCAUUCGUUGCCAGCUCUCAGCAUGCGCCACCACCGGGUCCCGUCGUGGGCCAUCUGGGCCUGAGCUCACAAGAGAGAAAAGUUGCGACACCACGGGGCAAGGCCACCACGCCGACAGAGCGGCAGCCGCCAUCUUUUCCGGUUCCGGAGGUUCCCUUGGGGCUUCCUGGGCCGGGCGCGGAGCCUCCCCGUUCUGAUCCAAGCACUGAAGCUGCUGAGACUCUCGGCAUCAGCAAGGAAGAACUGGCCGAGCGGCUUUCCGAGGCCGUUGUCAGCUUGGGGCAGGCCACCACAGAAAACUUCACGCUGCGUCGCAAAUGUGAUGCCGCGCAGAAGGCGAAUGACGCAUUGGAGCUGCAGGUCAGCAGUUUGGAGAAGGAGCUGCUGCUUCACAGGCAGCACGCCUCCCGCAUAGGAAGCGAUGCCAGCGAUGCCUGGUUUGGGGAUAACCUGGCGCAGCUGACCCAGAUGGACGACCAAUCGACAGCGCUGACGGCCAUGCGAGCAGCAGCGUUUUACGACCUCAUUCUGCUGCGCGAGGAGCUCUCUGCUGGCAGAGGUCUUGCUGCACGAUCUUCAGCGGGACUUUCUUCAAUCUUCCCCAGUCCCACCGUGAACUCCAGUCAGUCAGCAGAUGUCAGCAGAACACAGACCACAGCACGGAGAAUCAGCUUUGUACUUCUCGGUUGCGUGCUGUGCGCCUGCUUCGCAGCCCGCGGGAUGCUGAGGUGCAGAGCCGGUCACAUCGUCGAGAAGGUGAAGAAGCUGAAACCCUGGCAAGGCCACAUUCACGUUCGUGAGUGCAGCUACUGCCGGAACGAGAUUGACCGGCACGAAGUGCACUACAGCUGUCCGGAGAAGUGCCGCUUCUACGUGUGUCAUUACUGCUACAAGUCUGAGGUGGCCAAGCGCAAAUCGUCCGGCCAGGUAAAGCAUGGCUGGGAGUCUGGGAGGCAGACAUCGGGAGACAGCAUCAACAGCAAAGCCUCCAACGUUUGCGACAUGAUCAGUGACAGCGGUGCAUCUUCUGCGGGCUCGUCCAUCUCAUCACCUCCGAUGCCCAGACCGGCACUUCCAAAGCUGACCGUGCCUGGAACGUCCGUAGCAUCAGCGGAUAUGCGCAGCGGUCACAGCAGAGGCUCCAGCACCGGACGAUCGCAGGCUGCGCGGCUCAGUUACAAGAUACAGAGUGCGAGUAAGGAGUUUCUGGAAUCCAGCUGGCAGCGCUCCGUUGAAGUUGUCUUUUGGGUCUCUGUGGUCUUCAUCAGUGAUUUCAUUGGCGCAUUCUACUUGCAGAAUCUCACCACUGACGAGGAGCUGGCCUUCCCAUAUCCGUUCUUGACGGCCUGCUUGUCGAACUUUGUGGCCGCCAUUCUGGUCAUCACCAUCGUGUUUUUGCUGUCCAAGACGGGCACGCAGGAACUUGUAGGUGAGCUGGCAGCCGAGGCUGAGGUUGACAUGUGGGUGCAGCUCAUCCUUGGCGUCCUCAUCACUUUCGAAGUUGCAGCUGCCGCUAAGGUCUUGUCCAACCAGCAUCACACGAUGGCAGCAUGGUUCUACAUGCUGACCCCAGUAACGACUGUCCUCGUUGCAAGCACCAACUACUUUGGUAUGGAGGUGCUCCACAAGGAGCUCCUGACUGCAGCCGGCGUUGCAUCAUUAGGUGGCAUGAUGGCCGUGCAUGGCCCCUGGCCAUCACUGGAGGGUCUUACAAGCCUGGAGUGGGCCUGCUUGGCCGUUGUGUUCACGGUCGGACGGUGUCUCCUCACGCAGAAGGUAAUGUCUCCUGCGCAGGGUAGAAGGCCGGGUGCACUCAUCGUUUCAAAGCUGGUGCUGUUGGCAGCUUUCACCGUCGGCGUAGAACUGUCACUGUACAAUGAGUGGCAUGGGUUUUGGUCCAUUCCAUGGCUCCCUCGUCCCGGUCCUGUCUUUCGACUUGUGGCUGUCAUAGGCAUCUGCGAUGCUUGCAGCGUCAUCGGGACAACCAGAUUGAUUCAGAUAACAUCCGCUGCAUUUGGAGCGCUGCUGGUACCGUUCCAUACGGUUACUUUGCUGCCUAUCGAGUCCUUGAACAGCUCCAUUUCCGUCAUCAACUGGUUGGGGCUUGUUCUCUGCGUCACAUCCGCAGUCAUGUACUUCAAGGCACGGAAGAGCACUGCAGAACACCCUGCAGGCUACUCCACACUACCUUCGCAGCUGGCAGCUGCGAAUGCGCCGCUUUUGAAAGCACUUCAGAAACUGCGAGUUGCAUGGGGUCCGACACCACAGGAUAUGUCCAGAGCAGCGUUUCGCACACUCGGACCCGAGGAUGAAGAGGAGGAUGAUCCUCGCAAGCACGACUGCAAGGGCCGGCUGGACCAACGGGAGGCCGUCUUCAAUUUCAAGCAGCAAAAGCUGCAGACAGAUAUGGAGAUGUGGUUCAUGGAGACCGUUCCCGAAAUCUACGGCGCGUCUGACUCCGAUGACCUUGACGAGUCUUUGCAGGAAGAUGCACAGGCCGAAAUUAUUGCGAAGAUUUGCUCUACAGGAGACUGUGAGGCAAUGCGACAGACUCUGCUCGACUGGUUAGUUCAAUGUCCAGAUCCGCACAGGCGCGAUGACUUUGUGGGCAAAGCUGUUUCAAUGGCGCUGAAGGUCAAUAUGGCCGGAAGAUCACAGAAAUGA